AUGUGUUCUCUGUUUCAGUUAAAAACUGACAUUUCUUUUUUCUCUGUUAAUACAAGGGGACUUAAAGACUCAGUUAAGCGCAAAGCUAUUUUUCUGUUUUGUAAGGGGCAGCAAGCCAAUUGUGUCUUUCUACAGGAAACUCAUUCUGAUGAGACUGAUGUUAAGUUCUGGUCACAACAAUGGGGAGAUAAAAUAUUCUUCAGUCAUGGUACAAACCGGUCAGCUGGAGUUGCCAUCUGCCUCAACAGAUGUCCUGACGGCACAUGUCCCAGGUUCAGGAUUGAAAGAGGCAUCAGACAAGGCUGCAGCAUUUCACCUCUCUUAUUCAUUGUUGCCACUGAAUUAUUAGCUAUCACUAUCUUAAAUUCUUCCAUUAAAGGAUUAGAAAUAAAUAACAACAGAUUAAUCAUAAGUCAGCUUGCUGAUGACACAACAAUCUUUCUAAAAAAUAAAGAACAAAUCCCUUUGGCCUUGGAUACAAUACAGACUUUCUCUCAGGCUUCUGGUCUGCUCCUGAACCUGGACAAAUGUGAACUCAUGAGUAUUCACAAUUCCUCUGAAUCCUCAUUGUAUAAUAUCCCCAUCAAAACCGAGGUCAAAUAUCUAGGAAUCUGGAUAACUAAAUAUGCAGAUGAAAGGGUAAAAAAGAACAUUCAAAAUGUUAGUGAAACAUGCAAAAAACGCUUAAAUAUUUGGUUGCAAAGGGAUUUAACACUGUUUGGAAGAACUAUGUUAACCAAAAUUGAGUCAUUAUCCAGAUUAAUUUAUCCAGCAUAUUCUUUAGCAAUCCCCCAAAAAUUUAUAAAGGAAAUUAAUAGAACAAACUUUAACUUUAUAUGGAAAAAUAAACAUCAUUAUAUUAAUAAUAGAGACUUGAUAAAAGGUUAUGAGGAGGGUGGUAUAAAGGCAAUUGAUUUUGAGAUUAUGAAUAUUUUGCUGAAAAUUAGAUGGCUCCAGUCCUUUUUGAAAAAUGAUAAUGGGAUAUGGUUUUCACUACCUGCUUUUAUUUUUAAUAAGGUUGGAGGUAUUCAAUUUCUGCUCGUAUGUGAUUUUGAAAUCUCCAAGCUUCCCAUAAAACUGUCGAAAUUUCACCAACAGGUUCUAUUACAUUGGAAGAUGAUAUUCAAGCAUAAUUUCAGCCCCCAUAAUGUACCUUUAUGGAAUAACAGGGUGAUAUUGAAUCGAAGGAAAUCUAUGUUUAUAGAAGAGUGGUUAACAAAGAAAAUUUGGUCUAUUUUACAUAUAAUGGAUGAAAAUGGAAAUAUACUUGAAUUUAAUGAUUUUAAUGCCAAAUAUAACAUGUCCUGUUCAUAUAACGUAUACAAGACAGUUGUACAAAAUAUUCCAAAUGCAUUUAUCCAAUCAAUAAGAAAUAAUAUAUUGUGCAUAUCCUGCCCAAAUUUACAUAAAGUGAAAUUAGAUGAGUUGGACCUACUUCUCAAGGAGCGUGACCCUUCAGUUCCCAGGGUGAGGAGACUGAAGAGGCUGUGGAAACCCGGCAACAGUUUGACCAUUCAUUUCAUUCCAUAA